AUGGUCUUAAUUGCAGUAUCUUAUUUGCUUUGCAGAAGUACUCAAAUUUAUAGAUAGUUAUUAGAAUUUAGAGAUAUAUAUAUACUUUGUAAAACUUGGAUUAUUUAUAAAAUCUAAUUUAAUAAAUCUACUAAUUCAGUCGCAUUAGCAAAUAUUUUAGAGAUGUCUUAGUCUAAAGAAAUUGAUUAUUUCAAAUCCAUAAAGCUAUCAAUGUCCAAAGCUUUUUCUGAAGAUGGAAGACGUGUUUCUACUAAUAAUAUUACUGAAGGUAUUAUGAGCUACGGGAUGUAGCAGAUAUACAGAUUUAAUAAAUGGGGAACUUCAUGUAAAACAAUAGAUCUUAAGGUUGAUAUCCCAUCUUUCAUAUUAGGAAAUGAUUUAACACCGCAAAGAGUAAAGUUAGUUUAGGAUAAAAGUAGAGUUUUACAAGAUGAUGGCAAUUAGAAUAAAUACAGAAUGCUUAUGUUGUCUAAUUCAAGUGAUAUUAGAGUAGACACAGAACCAAAAUAAGAAGAAAUAAUAUCUAAAGAAACAUACUAAACAUAAGAGACUUCUGGAUAAGACUAUGAUGAUGAAGAUUAUCAAGAAACAGAAAAAUAAAUGAAAGAAAAAUCAAAAUAAAUACUUUAAAUUUACUAAAACACAAUCCUUUUUACAUAUAGAAAAAACUUCUAUCCUUUACUAAAAGACAAAAUAAAUGACCCACAAAAGAAUUAAACUUCAGAUGCGGGAUGGGGCUGUAUGAUUCGAGCUGGAUAAAUGAUUUUUGCUUAGACUAUAAAGAGACAUUUAAAAAAAACAGACUAUAUAGAAUAGCAUUAGCUAAUAAACAUUAUAAUAGGCUUUUUAGAAGAAGAGGAAGUACAAGAAGGAGGAAAAGGAUAUAUUUUUAAUUAAUAAAGUUAUAUAUAAGAUAGAAUUCGUCCUUAUAGCAUACAUCAAAUUACUAAUAGAGCAUUUUGUAAAUAUAAAAUACAACCAGGGUAAUGGUACACUCCAAAUUAAAUCGCCAUCAUAUUAAAGGAGCUCCAUAAAAAAAAUAAAAUUAAAGGAACUGAAAAUUUAAAAAUAGAUGUUCAUAGUAGUGAUAAACCAAUUAUAUUUGAAAAAAUCUUGUAAACACUUUUGGGGCGUUAAGGCAAAAUUAAUUUAAACUGCAACCAUGAAAAUUAGUAAUCAAGAAACUCAAUAAAUCAAGAUUAAGAUGAUUCGUUUGAAAAAAUCAUGCCUCCUAACUAGCAAGAAAUAGAAGAGUUUUCAAGCUAGUAUGAAGAAAGCAAGGAAGAUUAGACAGAUAAUUUAUGUUGUAAAGACUGCUUUAAAACAGACAACAAGCUGUUUCUCCUUCUACCAUGCAGACUAGGAUUAGAUGAAAUCAGCCCAAUUCAUAUAGAAAUCCUUAAAAAAUUAUUGUCUCUCAAACAAUCUGUUGGAAUGAUAGGAGGUAAACCAAACAAAGCUCACUACUUUUUAGGAUUUGUAGGAGAUGAUUUAUUAUAUUUAGAUCCUCAUUAUAUCAAAGAAUGUGUUAGAAAAGAAGAUCUAAUGGAAAAUAUUUCUUCUUAUUUCGAAGAAGAUGUUUUUAAAAUGCCAAUAAAUAAAAUUAGUACCUCAUUGGUGUUUGGAUUUUAUUUUAGUGGCGUUGAUGAGCUAAAUAAAUUCUAUAAAUUUUUAAGAUAACUAGAAAAAGAAUAUAAAGAUGAUUUUUUCCUUGUAAUUGAAAAAUAAACUCCUUCUUAUGCAAUGUCGAAUAUCUCUGAGAUAAAAAAGUUGACUAAGUAAAUAAAGAUUACUUAAAAAGAUAAUUAAAAUCUUUUGGAAUAAUAAUUUGAGAAUUAUGAUGGAUCAGUAGGUGAUGACUUUGAUGAAGAUGAUGAUACAAGCUAUGAUGAAUAAGAAUGCUAUGAAGACAAAUUAGAUGAAUUCGAUUAAUAUAAUAACUUAGAAGAAUCAGACUAUUCUUAAAAGCUUAAACAAUAAACUAAUUUAAAAAACUACAGUGACCCAUUUGGUACUGAAAGCCAUUCCGAAAACCAAUUAAAAUAUGGAAAAUUGGCUAAUCAUGAGCUACCAAUAAGAAACCAGAUCUAAAAAAAAUAAAGUGAAGAGGAAUUAAAAAAUCUUGUAAAUUUAAUUUAAUUAUAGUAACAAAAUCAGCAGAUAAGUAACUUAUUAUAAAAUCAGAAUUGUAUUUGA